UCGUAUUGCCAUUUAUAAAAAAAAAAAAUUAAAAUAAGAAACAAAUAGAUCCAUCCCACACUUGCAUUGUCCAAGCUUCUCUCCCUUUCCUUCCACAAGAUGAAUCAAAGUAAGCCCCAAUCUCUCUCUCUCUAGUCGACCACAAACCCUCCCUGUUCUUCCCCAAAUCGCAUACCCAGAAUCCAAAUUCAAUAGGGAUCGAAUCUUUGAAGGUUAAAAAAGGAGAGGAAGCAGGUGGAUUCGGAUCUGGGCAAGCUUUUUAUCGGCGGGAUUUCGUGGGACACGUCGGAGGAUAAGCUGAAGAACGGUGGUUAUGAGAGACAAUAUCACUCCAAGGCCCAGAUGUUUUGGGUUUGUGGUCUUUAUAGUUGUAGAUCCUGCUGUUCUUGAUAGGGUUCUUCAGGAAAAGCAUACCAUCGCUUCUUUUUUUAACAAGUAAAUUGUUCUACUACCAUAAUCUUGAAUUCAGAGUUUGGUAGACUUUCAUAAAAGAUUGGAGUUGUUGAGUAGCAUACGUAGGUGUGUGAGUGCCUUUGUAUUUGCUUUUGUUUGUAAUACAGAGAAACUUAUUGUUGAUUUGCAGGGUUAUGUGAACAAGAUUGAAUUUGAUGCAAGGGCGAAGAUAUAGCAGUACAUGCCAGCAAUCGAUUGGUUGUUAAGAAGACCAAAGGUCAUGUGCAACGCUGUCGUUUUCUGGCAGUGUACGUAUUAAUGAAAGAAAUACAAUCUAGAUGAGCCAGCAUCCCCUAAUCUAGUAGGACAAUGAAAACUUAAACUAGGACAAAAUACAAGACAAUUAACUCCCACUAAGGUUUUAGGAAAGUAACAGGCCCAAAAACCUAUAAUGGACUAGGAAAAGGAUCGAGGUCGGCAAAACUUCAUAAAUAUCUCCUAUAACCAUUGCGUGCUUUUUGCCAGAACUCGAUCUCUUUGUUUUUCUAAAAAUCUUCCACAAGCACAAUGGGGAACAUCAUCUUCAUCUCUUUAUCAUGCUAUGGCGUUCUUUCCCGCUGCUGGGAUUCCAUCACUAGACGAGCAACAUCUGUAGGGCUUGAAGGAGCUUUGAGCAACCCCUCUCCCUCAUGGGAUGGUCGUUUUGACGAUGACCUAAUUGCUGAGAUACUGUCGCGGCUUCCAGCCGAAUCUUUACUACGGUUUCGUUGUGUAUGCAAGUCGUGGCUUGCUUUGAUCUCUGAUCCCUAUUUUGCUAGGAAGCACAUCAGCACAUACAUCAGCAGGUUGAAGCUUCUUGUGACAGUCAAUCCCACCAGAUCCAUAGACUUCGAAGCAAUAUUAAAGGAUGACUAUCGGGUGGGAUAUACCGUCCUACCAGAAGCACCAAGAUUAUGGGUUCUGGGUUCCUGCAAUGGCUUGAUAUGCCGGGAAGAAGACGAGGGAGGUGAUCUUAUCUUAUGGAACCCUUCUACUCGAGAUACAUACAAGUUACCGGAACAAAUUGAAACUAGAUAUCGUCAGUUUUUUGGAUUUGGUUAUGAUUCCACCAAUGAAGAUUACAAGGUCAUAGUAGGCCUUCAAACCGAAAUUACAGUCUUUACAUUAAAAACCGGCUCAUGGAAGAUUGUUGAACAGUCCGAGUACGUUGGAAGGUUUUAUGGGGAGGGGUGCUUAUUGAACGGAGCUCUACAUUGGCUAGAGGACAGACGGUCAAAAUUCACAAUAAUCUCUUUUGAUCUGGCGGAGGAGAAAUUUCAGGAGUUGCCAUCACCCAAUAUUUGCAGAAAAGAAAUUUCUAGCCGCCUUGGUAUUGGGAAAACUAUUGGCAACUGUCUCUUCCUAUAUCUUUAUGAUUCCAAGCGUCAUACGUCCCAAACAGGUAUUGCAUUUACAAUAUGGGUGCUGAAAGAAUAUGGGGUGAAUGAAUCUUGGACUAGAGUUGUUCAAAUUCCUUCUUCUAGUUUAUCUCCCCGUCAUAUUUUUGAUUAUAAACCAAUUUCGGUUUUAGAGGAUGAUAAAGUUUUGAUGAAUCGGAUCAGCAAAAGAAGCCAGUGGAACCAUUUGGUAUUGUAUAAUCCAAAGGAAAACCGUCAAAAGAAAUAUAGACGUCUUAUUCAUGACUAUUACAUAAUGCCUAAAUUAUACGUGGAGACUUUAGUAUCGCCAAAAACAGGUAGAUAGUGGUUCAUACUCUCAAAAUUAAUGAAG